CUCGCCGCGAAGGUUAAAAUGCGCGGUAAAAUCCUGUCAUAAUUGAACAAAUGCGUACGUAUUGUAGGUGCAUUUGCGCGGUUACGAUAAGAAAUGGCCGCACGUAUGGCGAAAGUUAUGUCAGUCCCUGAAUAUAAAUAUACGAAACCACAUGUUUAUACGUUUUCGGAGGCCGUGAAAAACAAAGUGGGUGGAGACUAGGCAGGUCUGGCGCACAUCAUUUCCUUUUGGACGCCGCAACCCUUCCUUCUAAAAGCGGUGUAGAACAAGUCACAAAGCUUAGCUGUAACAAUUAGCAUGUUCGUUUAACACCUAUUUUUAACGCUGUAUGUUGUACAGAGUUGGCUUCCUCCGUGUACGUCGUGGAAUAUUACAUUUUUUAUUUGCAUCAUGCCAAAUAUUGUUCUGUUUAGUGGGAGCUCUCAUCAUGAUCUCUCACAAAAAGUGGCUGACAGACUCGGUUUGGAAUUGGGAAAAGUCAUUACGAAGAAAUUCAGCAACCAAGAGACCUGUGUGGAGAUAGGCGAGAGCGUCCGCGGCGAGGAUGUCUACAUUGUGCAGAGCGGUUGCGGCGAGAUCAACGAUAACCUGAUGGAGCUGCUCAUCAUGAUUAACGCCUGCAAGAUCGCCUCGUCAUCCCGUGUCACCGCCGUCAUCCCCUGCUUCCCCUAUGCCCGCCAGGAUAAGAAGGACAAGAGUCGUGCUCCCAUCUCGGCCAAGCUGGUGGCCAAUAUGCUGUCCGUGGCAGGGGCUGAUCACAUCAUCACCAUGGACCUCCACGCCUCACAGAUUCAGGGCUUCUUCGACAUUGCUGUGGACAAUUUGUAUGCAGAGCCUGCGGUUCUCCAGUGGAUCAAGGAGAACAUUCCGGAGUGGAAGAACUGCAUUAUCGUGUCACCUGAUGCAGGUGGAGCAAAGCGGUACGUCUGCUGUGCUGCUGCCAAAACAUUUAAUGUGUGCGAAGGACUGAUCUCCGCCGGGGCCAUCAAGGUGUAUGCCAUCUUGACUCACGGCAUCUUCUCCGGCCCUGCCAUAUCACGGAUCAACAAUGCCCCCUUCGAGGCCGUGGUGGUGACCAAUACCAUCCCCCAGGAGGAGAAAAUGAAGCAGUGUCCGAAGAUCCAGGUCAUCGAUAUAUCCAUGAUACUGGCCGAAGCCAUCAGAAGGACACACAAUGGGGAGUCCGUCUCCUACCUCUUCAGUCAUGUCCCCUUGUGAAGGAGGGACACAUCACAUGCAUUCCCAACCCAAGGCCUAGUCACCCAGUGCCUGUAGCAUGCUUCCCAGUGGGUGGAGAGCCCUCUGGCUGGACCAUACCAAAUGGCUGAGCCCGUUUUUACUGGCAUAUCAAUUCAAGGGUCUUGUUUUUUCUAUUUAUAUACAAAUAAUAGCUCCAACAGGAAUAGUAUCUCAUAGGUGAUUAUUUGUACCAUUUGUAUCAUUGUGCUACGAAUGAAACAUUCCAGUAAAAGUGGAUUUAUAUACCACCCUACCCUCCCAACGAAAGCAGCUAACAUCUAUCAGACUUAGAGAAUUUCCAGAAGUAUGAUUGAACAAGACUUUAAAACUCUUCAUCUGAACUGUAUGGAAUAAGCAUGCUUGUAUUAACAUGAAUUAACAAUUAUCCUAAGUCUGGUUUUAUAAAAAGCUUUUAUUCAUUUUUGAACCAAAAACACAUUCUGUUUUUUGCAUUUUUUAAACCCGAAUGCUCCUAACAUGCCUUCUGUCACCUUCGGUCAUGAAAUGUCAUAAACCGCAUAAUAAAUGCAGUGUUAUCUGUAGUUUGGUAUCA